UUUGAAAUGUGGCUGCUAACACUUGGUUUCACGAUGCAGCUCCUGCUGCUCAUUUCGCUGCUUUUGCUGCUGCCGCUGCCCGGAUUUUCCAGCGGAGUAAGGGAGCCCAAUAGAUACGAUAGAUACGAAGGAAACCCCGCUCUAAACCGCCCACGGAAUCUGGAGCGAAACUAAUGUGCAUAUCUGUGCUAAACGUUUUCUCAGAAAUACAAUAAACUAUCGAAUCGACGGGGCA